AUGUUAGGAUGCAAACCCGUAUCUUUUCCGCUGGAACAACAUAAGAAACUGGCGCUUUCUGAGUCUGCCUAUUUGGUUGAUCCUACUCCAUACCGUCGACUGAUUGGGCGGUUUAUCUACUUGGCUGCAACUCGCCCUGAUCUGGCGUUCAGUGUGCAUAUUUUGUCACAGUUUAUGCAGAAACCUAGGGCUGCACAUUGGGAAUCGGCUUUACGCAUUGUCCGCUAUCUCAAAGGAAAUCCAGGACAGAGGAUAUUGUUGUCUUCCGAGAACAAUUUCCAGAUUUCAGGUUGGUGUGACUCUGACUAUGCCGGCUGUCCGUUAACACGGCGUUCGGUUAGUGGUUAUUUUGUUCAACUUGGUGAAUCACCGAUCUCAUGGAAAACUAAGAAACAAAGCAUUGUUAGUAAAUCUUCGUCUGAAGCAGAAUAUCGAGCAAUGUCAUUUCUUAAGGAUGAGCUUGUUUGGAUUAAAAGUGUGUUGAGAUCGUUGGGUGUUCCUCACACAACACCCAUGGGAAUAUUCAGGCCGGAGAGAUCGUUACACAUCAUGUCUCCACUCAUGAGCAAUUGGCUGACAUCUUUACCAAACCUCUUGGUCGCCAGGCGUUUGAAGCUUUUCGGAUCAAGCUGGGCAUUCUUGAUCUCCAUGCUCCAGCUUGAGGGGAGGUAUUGA